UCGUGGCGAAUUGAAUACAGAUAUUUGAAGCUUUUAGGAGGUUUUGCACGGUUGUAUGCCCACUGAGUGGUAAGCGAUACUUGGUAACUGGUGGUCAGGAAGAAACUUUCUUCACCAGUUAAGAGAGUAGGUUGAAAGAAGACUGGGUCUCAAAACUGUAGGGCUCAGCAUGGCCGCCGACGGAGAAUUUUUUCUAUGGGUUGUGGAACCUCGAAGCCUCCAGUUGUAAGCACCGCACAUCAAACACGAGCACCUUUACCCUGUAAAACUCACGAAGGUAAAGCUGAACAGGAUCGAAGUAUCCAACGCAACGAACAGAACGAAACUGAAAACCAGCAACAACACGAUUAUAUCGACAGCAGCGAAUUUCAUCCUCUUUCUUACGAAGAAGUUGCGGCGUUACGUCCGAGUGAUCCUGAAAACAUGUGGGCGAUUGUGAAGAAGACUUGUGAUCGAAACAAAGAAUGGAGGCUGGACUCUGUGAAAAAUCGACGGGGCUGGAAAACGAUAAGACUAUUCGUGUCCUCAACUUUUCGUGAUUUUCACGCAGAGAGGGAAGCUCUUGUAAAAGAGGUUUUCCCAGAUUUGCGUCUUUGGUGCGAACAAAGAAAACUCCACCUUGUGGAGUGUGACUUGAGAUGGGGAGUUCCGAAAGAUUCUUCAACUGAACAGACUAUCAAGAUCUGUCUUGGUGAACUGGAUCGUUGCUAUGAAGAUAACAUUGUGCCAUAUUUUCUAAAUCUCAACUGUGCCCGUGCAGGCUGGAUACCAACAUUUGGAGACCUAACAUACAAUUUAGCUGUGCAGUAUGGUUGGGUUUAUGGCCUGUCUCUUACAGAGAUGGAAAUUGUUCAUGGCGCGUUUCGAAAGUGCAAUCCUAACGCUCUGUUCCUGCUCAGAGACAGUGAGUUCACUUAUGCCUUACCUGGUGAAAUCAAAGACGCGUUUGUAGAUGACAAUUCACUGUGCACUGAAAAAAUGAAGAAACUUAAAGAAAUGCUCAAGGAACAUUUCCCUGCUGAGAAUAUUGUUCACUACAAAGUUGAUUGUGACGCCAACAGCGUCAAAAAGAGUGCUCAGCUACAGGAUGAAAGGGAAGUGAGACUGAAUGGAAUCACGGGCUCAGAAUCAGUCUUUUACAAAACAGUUUACGAUUUUUUCAAAAGUCGGAUUGAACACCAGUAUCCUCUUGAUCCAACUCCAGAAGAUCCCCUUGAAGCGCAAAAGACAGCACAUGAGUCAUUUUUGGAUACUCGAGGACAAGUGGUUCUUGGAAGAGACAAGAUUCUUGAUGAGAUAGCCAACUACAUUGUGAAUGACACGUCCAAUGCCCCGUUGCUUAUCAUUGGUAAUGCAGGCUCAGGAAAGUCAGCCAUUAUGGCCAAGAGCGCCAGCGAUGCUUUAGCCAAGGCUGAAAGAGGAGAACUGCCUGGUGCCAAGGGAUCACCAUGCAAAGUGUUUUUUCAUUUUGUUGGGGCCACACCUGGUUCUACUGAUCUGGCGUUCUUCUUGCAGAGGUUGUCCAGGGAGAUUAAUGUUUCCAAGCGAGACGUAGUCAGUGACUUGGACUCUUUAGUUCAACUAACCAACAGUCUUUUGUCAAACAAGAACACAAAGCCUUGUGUUGUGUUUGUGGAUGCUAUUAACCAGAUGGAUGAUGAUAAAAUCCAGUAUUUGACCAGGUGGCUGCCAGAAAACCUUUCACCGAAUGUAAAGGUGGUGCUGUCCAUGAUCAAUGACACAGAAUGUCACAGACUCCUGAGAUCCUACAAGUCAGGACCAAGAGAGAUCACCUGCGGUCAGCUGGAUUACCAGUCUAGAAAGCUUAUCGUUGAGAACAUUCUAAGACAGUACAACAAGCGGUUGGAUGAAAGACAGAUGUCCAUGUUGUUGGAGAAGCAAGGCUCAGCUAAUCCUUUGUGGUUAACACUGGCUUGUGAGGAACUCAGGGUGUAUGGAGUUUUCGACUUAAUGGAUGAGAAGAUCGCAAGUUUGUCUGAUGAUCUGAUCAGCUUGGAAGAACAAGUUUUGACUCGGUUCGAAGAAGAAAACGGUGGUCAAGUUGUAGUAGCCACAGUUUGUUUAUUGGAGACGUCACGACACGGUCUGCUGGAAACAGAACUGCUUCAGAUGCUGGCGGAAGAAUCCACACUUACUCCACCCCCCUACGUCGAGGGUGAAUCCGAUCAGAUCACAACGACAGAAGCAACCACGACUGACGGAGCUCCAGAUCAUAACCUAACAGUUGCAGACAAAUUGGCUAAGCAGGUGGAAGAAACAUACAUACAAAAAGACGAGGACAAAGAAGGGAAGGAAGAUGAAGCUAAGAAAGCCACCACUGGCCGAAAACAAAAGAACGAAAAGAAAUUCCUGCCGGCUGUCAAAUGGGCGUUGGUGUACCGAGCCUUGAAACCACUACUUCGACCGUGUGGGGACUUGGGCGAGGGAAGAUUGGAUUUCUAUCACAGAUCUAUUAGUAAAGCUGUUCGGAGAAAGUAUUUCUCAGGAUCAGAGGGGUACACAAAACAUCAGUACACUUUCUGGCAUGGAAAACACGCAGAAUUCUUCGAAGGAAGCGAAGAUUUUGAUCGCAAAUCAGAGGAACUUCCGUAUCACCUUGAACAGCUGUUGGAUAACAACCGGUUAACAAGGUGCUUACUAGAAUGGGAGGUGUUUGAACGGCUUUUUAACGAAGACUUCAGUAUAGACCUGCUCAGAUCGUGGCAAAAGGCUGGUGGAUAUGCUACAGCUUCCGCUCUAUAUAAGGAAGCGUUAGCGGUGUUGCGUCAGUCAAAUGCCCCAAAGGAAGAACUCGCCAGGAGAACUGAAAUGGUUGUCAUGUUCGUGAUUCAAGCAGGACAAUAUGAAGACGCACACUUGCUUUUGAAUGAUUUGCUGAAUCUAGAAGAGGAAAGUCUCGGCGCGCGAACUGACAAAAUGGCUGACAUCUAUCAACUUAUGUCCAAGACCAAGAGCGAGGUUGUAAAGAACUUCAAUUUUGUGACAAUGGAUCAACUGGAGCAAGACAAGGAAAUUGUUGAAUUCUGUAAAAAGUCUCUGAGUUAUCGCAAACAGCUCAGUGGCGAGGAACACGAGCACAAGACAGCCAUGAUUGACAUCCUCAUUGCGCAUCAUCUGAGUAUCGUGGCUGACUUAGAGCAACAGAACGCUGAGCAAACUAGAAGAGACUGCUUUAAAUAUAUCGAUGAGGCCAUCGACAUAUUCAUGAGGCAUGGAGACAUGGGACACAUGGCUGAGGCGAUUAUGACCAAGUCAUUUAUUAACCCACGCCAUCGAAAAUAUUUCAAGGAAAAAGAAGAGAUGCUUAACAGAUCCUUUGAGUUAUGUCUUAAAACUUACGGCGAGAAGCACAUGUUGACUCUGAGGCUCUAUCUGAACAUUGGCAUCUUAUACGAAGACAACAGAGAUUUCCAGAAGGCCUAUGAUUACUUUGUUAAAUGGCAUGAAACGUGUCAAGAGGUUCUGGGACCUUCACACCCCAAAACAGGGCGCGCCCGCGAUACUUUGAACGAAGCCGCGUACGUUCGUAUCCGGGAACAGAGAGAACGGCAGGCCGCUGGCACGGCCUAAGGGAUCACUGGCGUCAGUUAUUCACUCAAUACACAUUCACCUACGCACCUAUAAUUUCAAAGCAACACUUGGGUCAGAUUUAAGAGAAGUGGUAAUCGAUUAGAGAUUCGGACAGUACUGACUUUUAGUAACCGCUAUAACGACGACUUUGGGUCUAAAGGGCUGAAAAAAAAAGACAACUUUUAUUUCGUCUACUUGCUUUAAAGAAGCAGUGGUUGAGUAGCAGGAAAACUUUCACCUCCAUCUGGUUAAGCGUAAUGAGUCCUAGACGCGGUUUUGGUAAAGUGUAUCACUCCAGGGUUACACUUUUCAGUUUGCCACCAGUUUUCCUUCCGCGUCAAAAGCCGCCCUUGUUUUGUUUUCUUUUUUUUUUUAAUGAGCCCUCCUUCUCUCUAAGAAGGCCUGUCCCACACUCCCUCUUCCUAUUGAAUUCGCUGGAAAUCACUAAACCUCACGUUUUUAAAACAUAAAUACCCGUUCAGGUAACGGGUGUAGCGUGUAGUCACUUUUCCACUUAUUGAGUAGCUGUGUUUCUUGAGUGAUGUUUACGAAGUCGAAGUUUACGUCCUAGAACCACAGAAUUAGAUGCUCAAAAUAGUGACUCAAAAAAUGUAGCAUUUUCUCGCCAGCGUGGUUUUGUGUUUGUCUCGAACCAGCUCUCGAGUUAAGUAUAGCCCCCCUGGAAAGCUGGGGAAAAUUUACUGUUUUGACUUCAACACCUCGUCAUUGUAUGCAAGCAGCAACACCAAAAUAGAAAAAUCCAUACCAGUAAAUCACGAUUGCAAAGUUCGUAACGAUUUUUGCAAGCCUCUGUCGCUUUCUGUGGUUAUAUAAAGAGCGAGUUUAACGUUUGUUCAUAUUUAGCUUUAGUUUACAAUUUUUCGAACUCGAGUCUGGGCACUAAGAUGUCCAAGUUAUUACCUUAGGUGAAUCCUAAUAAAAUAUUGAAAGAUAUUCCAUGCUGUACAGUUCAGCCAAA